CGCCGCCACCGCGAUGCAUUCUGGGAACAGCCAGUAUAUCCAAGAUGGCGGCGAGCAGGAGGCUGCACAAGGAACUUGAAGAAAUCCGCAAGUCUGGAAUGAAAAACUUCCGUAACAUCCAAGUCGAUGAAUCAAACAUUUUAACCUGGCAAGGUCUUAUUGUUCCUGACAAUCCCCCCUAUGACAAAGGAGCGUUCAGAAUUGAAAUAAUUUUUCCCGCUGAGUACCCAUUUAAGCCCCCUAAGAUCACAUUCAAAACAAAGAUCUAUCACCCCAACAUUGAUGAGAAGGGUCAAGUAUGCCUGCCUGUCAUCAGUGCGGAGAACUGGAAACCAGCUACGAAAACUGACCAAGUAAUUCAGUCGCUCAUCGCCCUGGUGAAUGACCCUCAGCCCGAGCACCCACUGAGGGCUGACCUAGCGGAAGAAUAUUCAAAGGACCGUAAAAAAUUCUUUAAGAAUGCAGAAGAGUUUACAAAGAAACAUGGCGAAAAGAGACCGGUGGACUGAUACUUGACGAGUGUGUUUCCUCCCACCCUCUCCUAGCUCCCUUCUCUGUUCCCCACCCUUCCCCAUCUCUACCUCCUCCUGUUUCGCUCCCACACACACAAACACACACCAUAUUUUUGCAGACACGGAGCAGCCCAGUCCUUCUGAACGUCGACCUCGAAGCAGGACUCUGUGGAUCAGAUCUGGCCCAGCUCCCUGUGUCAGCCUGACAGCCUUUUUAAUGUUCCACGGGAGGAUAGAUUGAGAGUAACCUGUUAAGAUGUGGGGUGGGGUGGGGUAGGGUGGGGUGGGGAUAUGUGGAAAAAAACAUUUAAGCUUAAAUGUCCACUCUCAUUCAUUCGACAUUACUGCUUGAUGAUAUAAACCUCCAGUGCAACAUUUUCUCUCAUAUCACCAAGACUCUGCCCUUUCGUAAGAAAUCAGUUUUUCUUUUUCUUCUUCCCUGACUUUAAUCAUUUCUCCUCUUGUCCUCUCAGAAAGCUGUCUUAGGGAAAACAAAAGCUAAAUUAACAAACAGAUGCGAGUUGCAACAUCCCGGAGUGGAUCCCUCAUAUCUUUUGCUUAUGAAGUUGCACUGUGUUCAGCUGAACGAGACUUUUUAAGUUCUUUCUUUCUUACUUUCAGUUUGUAACACUGAUCAAUAAAAAUACACCCUAGUCCCUGGUGUUGCUACCA